AUGCCGAUCGUGAAUCGGCUUAAAAAAUUCAUUCUUGGCUCCAGUUUUAACAGUGAUGGCCAAAAGUUAGGUGUUGGCAUUGGAACUAAAACCAUUCCUGAUAUUGUCCGGAUUGAAACGGACGUUUGUGAAUACUGGAUAUUGGAUGAAGUCAUCGGUGAUGGUGCAUUCGGGAGCGUUUACAAGGCGCGAUCGAAGUUGGAGUCAGGAAGAGUGGCCGCUGCAAAGGCAAUGGAAUUGGAGGACGAUGAAAGCCAGGAUGUGAUGGUUGAAGUAUCAAUUCUUACUCAGUGUAAACAUCCAAAUAUUGUUGAGCUUUAUGAUGCGUUCACUAUGGGUAGUCGCAUUACGCUUUUGUUGGAAUAUUGCGGUGGUGGUGCAGUGGACAGUAUAAUGAUGGAGCUGUCACGACAUCUUAGUGAGCAACAAAUUCAGUACAUCAUGAAAGAGAUCCUAAAGGCGCUGGAUUUUCUGCACGGCAAAAAUGUAAUCCAUCGCGAUCUAAAGGCUGGCAACGUACUGUUAACAAGUGAUGCAAGAGUAAAACUGGCCGAUUUCGGUGUGUCAGCACUAUGCAAAGAUGGUCGGGAAGUACGGUCGACAUUCAUUGGAACACCGUAUUGGAUGGCUCCGGAAGUGAUGAUAUGUGAAACAUUCCCGGAAAAGCAUUACAAUAAAUUGGCUGAUAUUUGGAGUUUCGGGAUAACUCUCAUUGAAAUGGCAGAAGAAAAACCACCUUAUGCGGAAAUGAACCCUGCAAAAGUAAUUUUUAAGGUUAUAAAGGCAGAUCCUCCUACGUUGGAACGUCCCAAUCUCUGGUCUUCUAAUUUUCGAUCCGUAGUUACCAAAUGUUUAACAAAGGAUCCGGGAGAUAGACCAAGUGCUGCCGAUGUAUUAAUGCAUCCAUUUUUUGCGCAGUCGGGAUCAGUUCAGUGUAUACGCUCGUUGAUUAGCGAAGUGAAUGCCGAACAAAUAACAACCGAAGUAGUGGUUGGCAGUGACGAUGAAGCAUUGUAUGAUGAUGAAGAUGAUGAUGAUACAGCUACAGUGAGUAGUGUGGCAACAACUAGUGAAACUCAGCCAUACGAUGCGAGCAGUGUGAGCAGUAAACAACAACGUCACUUAGUUCUUUCUGUCACCGAACAGAAGAUAUCACCUGAAGUGGCAACAUUCACCUCAAAAUCAACGAUAAUGAAUGCUGGAUCAACAACUGUUGUCGAAUUGGCACCAGCAGCGGAAAUAAGUCCGGUAUGCAUCGAAACUAAUGAUGUAGCAAAUGCUAGCUUACUAUCGUCUUCAGUAUUAGGAAAGAAACAGAGUGCACCAAUUUUACCGGCAAAGGAUGGAAGUAAUUUGGAAGAAGAGAAAAACACGGUAGCAAUAGUAGAAAUAAAUGCUUACGGCCAAGAUAAACCAGGGUUUCUCGAAAGGUCAAAUAGUGCGGAAAGUUACAAAAGUUUGGGACAUGGACAUCAUCACGCAGCUGUUAUAGCCCUCAGUGAUCUCGAUAAAGCGCUGAAUCUGGAAGAGGAGCUGUUUUGUGAAAAUAAAGGAAACGGCACUGGAUUAAUUGAAAUUAAUUGA